AGAGAGAGAUUUGUUGUUGCACUUAGCAUUGCAUUCAUUGGUUGACUCUUGUCUGUGCCCUGACCAGGCAUGGAAUCUGCAAACUUGACCUAGGAGAAAGACACACUGACCAACUGAGCUGUCUUGAGGAGAAGCAAUAAAUGCUGAUGGUAUUGUUGAAAUAGAUUUUGGAGCUCAGCCGGUGUGGCUCAGUUGUUGAGUGUCAACCAAUGAACCAACAGAUCACUGGAUUGUUUCCUAGUCAGGCACAUGCCCAGUUUUCAGGCUCAGUCCCCUUUGGGGGGCCAGUAGGUGUAAACUAAUUGAUGUUUCUUUCGCUCUCUCUCUCUUCAUUCAUCUCUCUAAAAUCAAUAAAAUGAAAUAUUGUUUAAGAGAAAAAUACUAUGGGUUAACUUCCAGGCUACUCAAUAUGGGACCAGUGAGGGGUGUUUAGCAUUGGGUGCAUCAGGAGGUGAAACCCAUUUCAUUCUCUCCUCUCUUCCCCCAGGAACUGAGGUCCUGUUACCAAGUCCAUACCUUCUGUUGAUCUCUAUCAGGAGCUGGCUCAGGCCGGGAUUGCUGCAGUCCCAUUGGAGACGUAUCCAGGGAAUAUGGCUACAGACCAGGCAUUUUCCAAUGGUCAUGGGCACCCACAGGGCAGCCUGGGCUGGGCGCUGCCACCUGCCAGACGACCCCGGGGAAACCUCACUGAAGGACAGCACUGGGACUCUGAGAGGUGGCACGUGCUCUUCAGAGCCUUCCAACACCCAGAGGACGCGGACCCCCUCCAGAGCGUGCACACAAUGUCUGCGCUCCUCCAUCGCUGGCUGAGGCCCGAUGUGCUCACCAAGAAGCAGAUCUUGGAUAAGCUUCUGCUGGAGAAGUUCAUGACCUGCAUGCCCCUGGAGCUGCAGGUCUUGGUGAAGGAGAGGCACGUGCAGAGCUUCGAGGAACUGAAGGUCUUGCUGAGAAAUAAGGAGAAACCCAGGAAAUGGAAGGUCAUCACCUUGCAAGAGCAGAAGUAUCUUCUGGAGAAUUCCUAUGUCCAGGUGGCCGAUGAGGAAGUCGGUGACACAGACUAUGUGUUGGACUUGUCCAUGAAGUCCCCAUCCCCCAUCAGUCAGACGGGGGUACAUCCUGAGAACAGCCAGGAGGCCAAUGGACAGCCUGGGAACCAGCCAGGAACCAGUGACGUGGUGUGGGGACAGGUGAGUGUGUGA